ACGGCGGCCAUUUUGCAUUAUCGGUUUUCGCGUGUGUGCGUGUGUAGUGUUACGAUCGUUGAGGUCCCGCACCGCGUAUACCCGUACGUCGACAACGUCGUCUUAACGGAGCAGGGUCAUCGUCGAGAGCGACGAGUCACCGGUAAUCCGGCGGAAAGAUGGGCCGCAAGAAGAAGAAGCAGUCGAGACCUUGGUGCUGGUAUUGCAAUCGUGAAUUUGAGGAUGAAAAGAUUCUCAUUCAACAUCAAAAGGCAAAGCACUUCAAAUGUCAUAUCUGCCACAAGAAACUGUAUACUGGACCAGGGCUUAGCAUACAUUGUAUGCAGGUACACAAAGAGGCAAUAGACAAGGUACCGAAUUCAUUGCCAAAUCGUAGCAACAUCGAGAUAGAGAUUUAUGGGAUGGAGGGCAUUCCUCCAAAUGACGCAAAGGAACACGAAAGACAACGAAACGGCGGCAGGCCUGGCUCGCCAUCGUCCGGUGAGGAUGAGCCUGUGCAGAAAAAGGCGAAACCCGAGGGCCUGUUGGGUUCUGCACCAGGUGCGAUGCCUGGUAUGGGGCCUGGUCUACCCGGAAUGCCACCGCAGCCAGGUAUGCCGCCGCUACCUGGUAUGGCACCGCAUCCAGGCAUGGCUCCACAUCAUGGUAUGCCGCCACAUCCCGGUAUGCCUCCUAUGCAUCCUAUGAUGCCAAUGGGCCAUGUAGGACCUCCAUUUAUGGGCCCAGGCAUGAUGCCUGGUAUGUCGGGUAUGCCUUCCGGUAUGCAACCGCCAGUUUCAGGCGCAUCUAUUCCUCCGUCGCGUCCACUUUUCCCAAGUGCUGCUGCUGCAGCCGUUUCGACAGCAGCGGCAUCGACGGCAACGUCGGUCACUGGUUCAGCACCUCUUGGCACAGACUUUAAGCCGAUUACAUCGGUGGCCGGCGGUGGCGGUUCCAUAGGCCCAGUAAAGCCGACAUUCCCCGCUUACAGCAGCGCUGGCGAGUCUAUCGGUGCUGCUGGAACCGGUAAUAGUCUCACCAGCGGCGGUGAUCAGAAAGUGAAUCUUAUUGCGACCACCGGGGCCGCCAGUAAGAUCAUUCACCCUCCGGAAGAUCUCAGUCUAGAGGAAAUAAGGGCAAGACUGCCAAAGUAUCAACGUCGACAAACCGAUGAAUCUGGACGAUCGGCGCAAUCGGAGGCAGCGGUAGCGGCAGUGAGUCAGCAGCAGCAAGUUGCUGCCUUGCAACAAGCGGCAGCACAGCAGCAGCAAGCGGUACAACAGCAACAACAGCAGCAGGCGCAGCAACAGCAGCAAGCGGCCGCAAACGUGGCAGCGGCCGCGUUUCAGGCAGAUCAGCAACAGCGGCAGCAGCAGGCGGCGGCACUGAAUGCGUUGCAACAACAGCAGCAGAGGUACCCACGACCGCCGCAAGCGGUCAUGGUACCAGCCUCAGCCGCAGCAAUGCCAGUCAGCUCAGUUGCGUUGAUGGCUCCUUUAAUGCGACCCACCAUGACCCUGGCGCCUGCUCUCAUUCAUGGAGGUAACAUGAUGCGACCGCCCCCCAUGGGCCUGCCGCCAGGGCGCCCGGUCACUCCUCGAUGAGUGUCGAACGAACCCAGUCUGGUUACUAAAACCGUGUUUUACAAUACAAGCGCUACAAGGUUGGUCCUUAGCAAUUAGCAUGCGGUGACAUGGCCUAUAUCUAUAUACAUAUAUAUAUCUAUAUAUAUCUUGUUAUAUUUAUUAUUCUUAUAUAUUGUUGAUUAAUCUUGUCAUCAUUGUCAUUAAUACACCUACAUGUAUGCGUAUAUGCGUAAUAUAUAUAUAGUGACUCCCGAAAACUCAGAAUGACGACGGUGUAGGAAAACUGUUCGAGCAGCUUUCGCAAGUCACCGUGUAUAUAUUUCUGUAUAUUCGUAAUAUUUUGUCACUGAGCAGGUGGGUCGAGCGGCCAACGACACAUUCCUUCUUCCAUCUUAAUUCUAAUUUCUUCAACCGAUUUACCAUAUUUUGGACACGUUUGUUUCUCUCGAUUUGAAAAAUGCAGAUUAAAGUAACGAGAUAUUGGAAAUUUACAUAGAGAGUAGUUGUAUCGCUGAACGAUCGCUCAUGUUAGGUUGAUCAAGAUAAUUGACUAUUACAUUGAUUAAAACAUGAAUCUUAUCAGAUACCGAAAUUAUUAUACAUUGAUAAUGAACAUGUAGACUAUAUUAAUGUGACUAAUAAAUUUAUGGAAAUGAUUCUUUGAGACAGAGCAAUAAGCAUCAAGCUUAAUUGUAUUCUGAAUUAUUAAUUAGAAAAUUAUUGUAUUUUUUUUAUUCACUAAGGUUGCAUAAUUGUUAUUGAGUCCAUGAACGUUAUAAACAAUAUUAAAGCGAUUAUUUUAUCAUUUUUUGUUAUUGUAUAUUGUGUAUAGAAUUUGAAAAAUUAUUUAAUCAAGUUAUUAAUUUUUGUCCCUAGAAAUUUUAGUCCAAGUGAUAAUUUUAAUGAUAAAUAUCUAUUUUUUUCUAUUAAAUUAUAUAUAUUUUUUUUCAAUCGAUCGUUCAUUGAUAUAUCUAUCGUAUAUAUACUACACGUUUCUAAAUAUUAUUUUUAUUGGUACGUCGCAAUACUUGUCUUUCCAUUCACGAUUUCGCAGUUUUAUACAUAUAUUAUUUUAAUUCGUUUGCAAUAGUUUGAUUCCUGUACAGAUCCUAGUACAGUUCUUUGUACAGAGUUUGUUACGCGGAAGAUAAAGAGAAGAUUUUCCGGCCGCUCGGCCGUUACAAUUUUUAUACAUCUCUUUCAUGUAUGAUUUCUUUGUUUCUUUCCGUUCCGUUUCUCAGCUUCUUUAUUCACACUCUCUCGAUUUAACCAUAUUACUCUACUUACGACUCACAUACGCCAUUAUUUACCUCGCCAGCAGCCGUGUUACCAUCUUGUCUCUUCAGUAUUACUUAUAUAUUAUAUAUAGCUUGGAAUCCUGGUGUUGUGAUACAGUAGUGAAGAAACUGCUUCCUUGGGCACGGUACUGACAGUCGUUCGAAGUUGUCGUUCCAAAGUGAUAAGAAACAAAUGAUAAUCACAAAUUACAAACAGUAAUUAUUUUUCUCUCGCGAUCUCUGUCCCUUCCUUCUUCGCAUUCGAUCGAUGAUCAUUCUGAUAAAUCGCGAUUGAAGUCGCGAUAAUUUCGAUUAUUUCAACUUUUGACGCAUAAAAUUCUGCGGAUCUACCGAAUCAUUUUUUUAAUCAACGGAUUCUUUGACUAAUUUAAUACUUUUUUUUAAUCGUAAUACAAAGGAACUAAAGGAUCUCUAAAUUACGAAUAAAAUUGCGAAGCUGAGUUUUCGAGAUUUACAUAAUAGAUUUUAAGACUUUGAAGUUUUAAAAUUUAAACUAACAGCAAGUAGCUCUUUGUUCUUUAAUUGCAAAGAUUUCUCAUCAACAGAUUUGAGAAUUGUCGAGGUAUCUGAUAUUUAAAGUUAUAAGCUUGCCGAGAGCAAGGAUACUUUACAAAAAAAAAAAAAAAAAAAAAAAAAAAAAAAAUUGUUCAAAGAAUCCGUAAGUGAAAAGCUCGCAAAGUUUACAUCGUAGAAAUAAAAUACAUGUAUGUAAAUCUAAACGAAUCAACAAAACGAGAUACAUCGUGAAGAGGGAAGGGAUCGAAUUGUGUUCUCACCGUGCUUGCCGGUGCAUUUUAUUUUAUUUAAAAAAAUUUUUUUCUUGUGGAAAAGAAACUAGCAACAAGAACGAACGUAAUGUAUCUCCCUCACACCAUAGCCUAGCUUUUGUGUUACACAAUGAAAAAUUUUAGAUAAAUUGAGCCGAGCAACAGUAAGUAAACGACUUCACGUUACCUAAUAAUAUAUCUUUCUUGCGUUCAACUCGAGGGUCCGUCCGAUUAACAGAAUUUUUCUCUUUAUUAUGCCACACGGUACUCACCGAGUAUCGUCAGACUAAAAGACAUACGUAAGAGAAAGAAGACAUAGUGCAAGUAGAAGAAUUUGAUGCCGAUUUGAAUUCGCGUCGGGAAUUGCUUUCGAGAAUUGCAGACCAAUUUACAUUAUGCUGCUCGUUGUUACACGAAGAAAGAACAAAGCCGUAGUUCGAGGAACUCUGAGUGACUAAGCGCGUUUUUGGCAGCGAUGUCCUUGUUGGAAGAAGUCGGCUGACAGCUGAGCGAUCUUCGCGGGCUUCCGUAUAAUACAUUCUGCAAUAUCAAGCCGAUGUUGCGUCUUUUCCCCCCCGAGUGAGACUCGUUCCUUGUAUGGUGUGAGGUUUUCUCUGUGUGGUACCACCUUCUUGUCAGUUUUGUUUGUGACUUGUAUUGCGUAUGCGGCGCACUGCAUGCUGAGCUGAGUUCUACGUAACGUUAUGUACCUAUCGUGUACGCAUAUCUAGUUUGGCGAUUCGCAUUGAGCAGCGAUUGCUCGAUAGUAGAACGUAGUACGUGGGCUGUCGGGAACAAAUCGAUCGGGUGGCACAGUCCUUCGGACCUUUAUCUGAAGAGACAAAGGGGGGACUCGUCGCGAAGAACCGAAGAAGCGCACUCGCUUCUCUUGGAAAUCGAAAGCACGCGAAUUCACGCUCGGCCGGCUAACGCUUGUCUCGGGCAAAGCGCGCUCCAAUCGAUUCGAUCGAGGGAAACUAACUGAAUUGAUAUCUCGCGGAACGUGCUUCUUUCGAUGCGAUAAUCGUUCGGCUGUCAGACGACUUCCUUUUCAGCGGAACAUGGGUCAAAAUUGUGGCAGAUUUUAAAUCUGAAUGUUAUACGAUACAAAAGUAAAGAAGCACAAUGAGAAUUUCUAUUCGAUAUCUAAUAAAUAAAAAUAUUUUUUUGACAAUUUAAUUUUCAUUAAGAUCAAUAUUUUUAUAAAAAAAACAUACAUAUCUUUAUUUUCCAAACGGGAUUGUUUCGGGGAAUAAUUUUCUAAUUCAUUGAAAGCCUUCCAAAAUCUCAUCAAUGCCACGACGAUUCUGUGACUUAUUUUGCGCUGAAGGUCGCGUAGUCCUCCAAAAACGAGCACGGUAUGUGACAUAGUAAUAGAAACUGCCAGAAAAAAAAAGAAAUUGAAACUGUACAUUAACGCAACACGUAGGACCCAUUACAUAUUACCUUGUAACGUGAACAGUCGCGACGUAAGUAUACCUGGGGAUUUCGAUCCCCAAUUGAAAGAGAGUGAAAGAGAGAGAGUAAGAGAUCCUAUUGUUGGAUUUUGCGAACAAGACGUCGUCUCGUUUGGCGGCGUCGGGCUCGAGUAAUCAAAAGCACGUGUAUGCCGCACGUGGGCAACGUACUGUUUUCUUUGCCCCCCACGAGAUUCGAUUGCGGGUAGUACUAAUCUCCCGCUGCGUUGCUUUCCAGGCAUGAUAGGGGCCCUACCACCGGGUGCCGCGAUGCAUCCGGCCUUCGCCGCCGCGCCGAUGGGCUUUCCUGGACCGAUGCUGACGCCGAUGAUGCAUCCGCGCUUCAGAUGAUCGCCCCCCAUGGACGGGCCCAACCCCCCGCCGCUGCACUUCGUGCUGUGGGCCCGCCCCUAAUUUUCGCUGGGGUCCGGACCUGACCGAACAAGAGACACAUAAAGUCACAUACAUAAACGAAAGAGGGAGAGAAAGAGAGAGAAAGAGAGAGAAAGAAAGAAAGAGAGAGAAAGAGAAAGAAAGCGAAAAAUAAUCUGCAUGAAGAAUUUGUUCCUCGUCAAUUCUCUCUCACGAUCUGUUUUUUCCCCUUUUUUAUCAUAUUGUUGAGAGACGGAGAAACAAAAAGAAAGACACUGAGAGAAAGAGGAAUGAAAGGGAGUGUGUGAGAGAGAAAAGAGAAAGAAUGGAAGAGAGAAAGAGAGAGAAAAAGAGGGAAACACACGCACUCAUAUAACAUCAUUGAUAUCUGAGAGGGUUCCUUCGAAAAAAUCGGGUGCGCGCUGGAAACGGUCGGUUUUUUCGUUUUCUUUACCCUUUACGCUACUCUCUGAAAAAAAACACAAAAAAAUGCGAGACGUUAAUUGACUGCGAGUGUGUGUGUGUGUAUGUGUAUGUAUAUAUACAUAUAAUAUAUGCGCGCACUCAUGCUACGUUGGUCGUGUGCUAGACGAGUUAAUAAAGUUUCGAGCAAGUUUCAUCGCCUUUUCUACGGAAUGUAAUCAAAAUAAUCGCUCUGUAACAAUACCGUCGUUUUGCCCUGCGCGAAAACGCCAGCACGAACCAUCUACCUAUCUGUCGACUUACCUCGCAGUCUUUCGUUAUGUAUUGGACAGCCAUUGUAUCGCACUGCUGUCUCUCGAGAUAGCGUUUUCUCAUUCUCGUCGCGAUGACAACAUAAAAUGGACGCAUAAAAGACAACCCCUCUCACGAGAAGGAUCAAUCGGGGACAAUCAAAGGAUUCGGUGCGAGAGUUGAGUGAAUCUCGUAGUUUGUGCGACCAAUCUAAAAUGGGCUCACAAAAUUACAGAUUUACCGCUUUAGUUCUAUAACGAAUCCUCCAAUCAUGAGCGCGGGGUAAUUGUGACUACUGAAAUUUUCAACGAUUAAAUCUUUAUGUAUAGUUCUUGGUAAUUCUGCUCUGACUUUGCUCAAGUGAGCAUAUGUAACUUUCUAAACAUGAUUGUUUAGAUAAUGCAUGCUAUAUUUGUUACGAACCAAUAUUUUGUUACGAAAUUUUAACGACUCGAAAAACGAGAUGUUUAUAUACUCAAUCUAAUAAGUAUUCAAAGUAAAAUAUAUAUAUUUAUUUGAAAUACAAAGUUCUUUUAGAAAAACAUAUUGUUAAAUAUAACAUGUAACAAUUAUUAUUAUUGGAAUCUGUACUACUUCUCCGUUUAAGUGCGUGGACUAAUUCUAUUGUUGAAAAGUUUGACUAGGUCACAUUUACUCGCGUAAAAUUGAUGAUUGACUCCGCAGUUCUUCAGAAAGUUAUUGUAGCUUCAACAAUGACAAAGUGCUACGUUUUCCCUUUUGAAAAAAAAUUUUCUUCUUUCGCGCAUUAGACCGUUUCCAUCACGCGCUGUUUUCCCUCAGCCUCCGUGCACCUGCAGUGUCCUCUUGGAGAGGCGCAAUCGCGGAUAAGGUGGCGCUUCACGCUGCAGCUGGAUGAUGAUUCACUUGACUAAGUAGACCUCGAGAUGAGAGAGCACUCUCAAGACUAGUUCCGUUCCGUGAUGUUCGAAAUUUUUUUUUCUUCUAUUUGCCGAGUAAAACUCGAGGUAAGGAUUCCUGGAGGGAUCGAAGACGCGAAAGUAUUGCCUCUUUUCUAAAAUAAAAAAAGGAAAUUAGAGUUAAACUAACUUAAUCAUCUAAUGAUGAGCGAGAGCACCAAGUUAGAUUUAUUUUAUUGUAGACUUUUGAAAAUUAGAAAGAAAAGUGAUACGAGUAAAAUAACGUACAUAAAAAUAAAUAUUUCGAAAGAGACUCGCAGGUAAGUAAUUAGUGGGCCCCUUGAAGUCAUUUAUUAUUAUACGUAUGAGAACCAGGUUUGUAAUUUAAGCCGGUUUCCAAAUUUCUAAUUAUCUAUAACUGCUUUGAAAAAAAUGUUUUUAUUUCUCAAGUCUUUCCACGCGACGCGUUUUCGAUCUCUCUGUGGAAUAGCGUGUGUGUUUUCUUAUUUUGGGAAGAAUAGAUUAAAUCCCUAAUGAUUUUCCGAAUGACGAAGGAAAUGAUGAUAGAUAAUAGUCUCGAUACACUUUUAACUUAGUCGAUCUCACUAAAUUGCAGUAUCAUAGAAUCAAGAGCAUAAAUCAACGCAAAAGAGAAAUCGGGUGUACACGUUACAGUUUAAAACGCAUUUGCUAGCCGCAGUGUGAAGAUUCGGUCGCCUCAGGUUAGUCUGUCGCAAAUUUUAUUUUGUUAAUACUCCGAAUCGAGCCGAGGCACCCUCGCGACGCCCAGCAGAGCCACAAAAUUAAUGUAAUUAAUUCAGCAAAAAAUUUUUAAAUAUUUUUUAAAAAAUUUAUCUUUAAUUUACAAUAUAAAUUCUUCAAAGAAUUUGUAAAUUGCUAUCUCAAUGAAAUGCAUUGUUAAUAAAAUCUUGAUUUUAUAAAGAGAA